UGCAGCUCUACUUGCAUACAUUUAGGCAAAUUGAAUCAUUUUUUGGACGUUUGCAAAAUCCAGCAUCACGAUCAUAAAUAAUAACAAUGUGCGAAAUAGAAACCGGUGUUCAGGUUCUUCAACGAAUUUCUUCUGGAUUAUCCCCUUUUGUGGGUUGUUUAGAACCGGUUCUCUUUCCUGAUGGUGGACCAUCCAAAGGCGAACUUGUGGAGAUCACGGGUGAGACGAAUUCCGGUAAAUCAUGUCUAAUUUUGGAGCUCAUUGCCAAAAUAAUUCUGCCGAAGAAUUGUGGCGGCCAAGCAGUAGGGGCAGUAUUCAUCAACUGCGAUAACAACAUCAAUAUGGCACGAUUACUAAACAUAAUGGAGAAACACAUCGUUAACUGUUCCACACCGGCAAAUCAGAACACCGACAGACGAGAGAUUCAACGAAUAAGGGAGGAAUCUUUCAGCCGGCUCACGAUUAUCACCUGCUACACACUUGAUGAGUUUGAGUUGUCUAUGCUAACGCUGAGCGAUUUAUUCGUCAAGAAUCCCCACAAUGUGUUCCUGUUGAUAGAUUCGAUUGUGGCCUUCUAUUGGAGCAGAUGCACCGAGAAGAAUCUCAUUCGGAUGGAUACGUAUCUAAAACUGUUGCACAAUAAAUUGAAAAAGAUGUGCCGAGAGAACAAAGUGGUAAUAAUUUAUACCAAACCGUCAUACUUUGGCGCAGGACGAAAACAGAAAGCUGGAGAAUCGGAUGCUGCUGAACAGUCAAGCCUGGGAGGAUUGUACCCCUCUAGCUCCGGAUGCGGUUCCGGGAGCGGUGGUAUCAAUUUACCAGUCGAACAUCGACUGGAACUGACGGAAGCAGUUGGUCAAACGCCGAGUAAUGACACGAAAUUCACCGCUCUCGUUAACUCGAAGAACAAACAAUUCACAAGAUACUUUCUUAUUGAUAGAUAUGGAAUAAAUUGGUUGAAUGAACGCGUUUGAUUGAAA